CCCUUCCCUCCCUGUCGGCUUCUCACCCUUAUCUCUCCCCGUCGCCCUUUGCCCUUCUGUUUUCCUUUGCUCCACCCCGCCGUGCAUGACCACCGCAACCCUCCCAUCUCCGGUAAGCUCCUCUCUCUCCAUAUCUAUCUCCAACGCCCCCUGUCUCUCUCAUUCUAUGUGAGUUGCCGCUGUCGCUGCCCCUCCCGAUCACGAGCACGCUGCCGGUAACCCUCUCGGCCUUUCCUCUACCUCCGUUUCAUCUCUCUGCGCCACUAUCCUCGGCCAGAUUUCUUUCCCUCUCUCAUUCUCUUCUCCGUUUUCUCUCUGUUUGGGCUCCGCCUCCGCCGUUUUCCACACCCCGGCACCACUCCGCAUCGGAGACAGCCUCCACUCCUCUCUCUGUCUUGCACUCUCUUUUUAUCCUUCAUCCGCUUUUCUCUCUCGUUUUUCCCGGUGCAACCCACCCCAUCUCUAUGAUUCUCGGCGAGUCACCGUCGUAAUCUAAGCCCUUCCCACCGCCAACGUCUGCUGCCGCCUUCUGACACCGAGACCGGCCUGAGAGAGAAACGGUGCGUGUAUGUCGGGAACGACCACAGCCAGCAGCAGAGCUCGGGACGCCUCAAUCAUCCAGAAAAUUUCCCUCUGCGCUGUAAGUGGUUCUCGAAACUAAUCUUGAAAAUAAAUGUUGAUGGAAACUGAGAAUUGUGAUCUGUGUAGUUCUGUGAAGUGUUGGGAUUAUUAUGUAGCCUUGAUUGUGGUUCUGUGUGGUGGCAGAGGGCCCCAGUGAAGUAAGUGUUGGGAUUAAAUUUGUUCUGAUUGUGGUUCUGUGUGGUGGCCGAGGGCCCUGUGAAGUUGUUGGGUUUCUCUUUAUAGCUCUGUUUAUGGCCAAGGGCCCUUGUGAAGUGUUGAGAUUUUUAUGGUUUGGGUUUCUGGUAGAACCGCCACCUACUUUCCAUUUGUUAUUUGGUUGCACUAAUGUUGUGGUACCUUCUUAUUUGAAAUGCUGUUGUUAUGUUAUAAUAAGGGGAAUUUUCCCUUACUAACACUGUUGAUUAGUCGCAAUGGGGUAUUGGGAGUUCCCACUACUGCACGAGCUUGCAGCUUGUGAAUGUGUGUUGGAAAUCCCCUCCCUUGUGUUGGAUCACAGCACGUGAGUGCUUGUUGGAGAAUUUCCCAUGUGUUUUUCCUUAUGCAAUUAACUGUUGUAUUCUUGGAUUGCAUCUUAACUAAUAUCUGUUGCUGAUCAUCUUGCCAUUGAAAUGUAAUUGUGUGUAAAUUUAAAUCUGUAAAAUUGCUGGAUUUUUGGGUUAAAACCCUGACCGAUUACUAACAAAUCAGUGCGAUUGGUUUCAGAGGGUAUAAAUGUCUCAAGUCCAGUGUGUGCUAUUUGAAAUGGUUUCAGAGGGUAGAAAUGUCUCUAGCCAAGUGAAACCAACUGAGACCUAGAGGGUAUAAAUGUUUCAGGUCCAGUGUGUUUGAAAUGGUUUCAGAGGGUAUAAAUGUCUAUGGCUAAGUGAAACCCAACUGAGACUUAGAGGGUAUAAAUUACUCAGGUCCAGUGGGUGCCCCUUGACUGGUGGGGGCUAGGCAUGGUGAUCUGGCACCGCCAGAGGAUUGAGGAUUGGGGCUUUCCCCCCAUUUUGAUUAAGUGCUAUAUAUCAACUUUACAAAAAGAACGAAUGAUUCUAUUAUUCUUUUGCUCAUGGGCUUGUGACAAGUGACUUAUGGAUAUUGUGGUUGGGAUGUAAUUUAGUUUUUUUUUUUUUUGUACUGUUAAUUAGAAUUGAUUGUGACUUCUUUUUUAUUAUUAUUAUUUCCCUUGCAAAUAUAACUGUUCUCCAUUUAUUUUAAGCAUGCAUGCACACACUUGUUGUCACAAUGUGCGAUGGGUAUAUGACCCGUGUGACCAACAUCCCAGCAUUGCGGUCCUUGCUGAGGUGGGGCCGGGGGCGCCACACAGAUAUUUGGUUUCAAAGCCAAAUUUACUCGCUUUCUGGGUUUUACUUGCUCUCUGGGGUGGGGAGGUGUGGCUCAAUUUGUGUUCAAUGCGUCUAGUUAAGUGAUUUCUUUUGAGGCUGUGGAAUUUGAGUUGGGUAAUUUACUAGGAAGUUGAAAAGCUGCUGUAAUUGCUCUUUACGCGGUAGAAGAGGAAGCUUAGUGUGAGUGAACCAUGUUUGGUGGGAUUUACCAAAGGGUGUUGUUCGAGAUCCGGAGACAGUUGCACACGCUGUCCCAUGAAAGCCCCUCCCAGACCUUGAAGAGCAAGAUCGCAGAGUUACAGAAGAAGAGGAAGAUGAGGAGGAGCCCGAAGAAGGACCAGUUCUUGGUGGAAGUUCCUGAGUCGAGAGCCUACCUUGACACCGCCACCAUGCCCAUGAUUGUCACUGGUGUCGGUAUUGCCUUCUUCGCCAAGCUCCUCAUGAUGUAUGAUGAUUCUAGGUCACAAGAAUUGAUUGAGCGGAAGAUAAGGAAUGCCCCUGCAGGGCAGGGCACUGUCAGGAUGCUGUCUCGUGAAGAGUGGGAAGAAAUUAGAGAAGUAAGGCCUAGGACUCCCUUUGAGUCUAAGCUUGCUCGUCCAAAUGCACGAAUUCGAACUGGGGAACCACUGCACAUGGAGGAUUUGAAAGACUGGACGAUUGAUGUGCUCACAGAUGCAUUCACCAGAGUUGAAGAAACUGUUAGACAAAACUCCGAUGACUCAAGACUUUGAUUGCUGAUACACUUAAUGAUAGAUACUGUUUUGCGUGUACCACUGGAAAUGGGAUUGCCAUGUAAUCCAUCUACAAAUGGCAUCUGUCAGGAACUCGAAAAAAGGUUUUCUUUUCCUAUUCCCCCCUUCUUGGUAAGCAGCAUUUUCAAGUGGACUUGGUUGAGAAAGGAAAGGAUGAUCAGAUGGGUUUAACAUCUUCAGAUUUCUUAUGUUCAUAGACCAAAAAGAAGCAUAAUUUAAUUUGCAAACGAUAAUAGUAUUCUUGCUAA